CAGUUCUGCCUACCUUCACUCAUAAUUUUAGCCGCAGCCCCUGUGAAAUCAAAGGUCCAAAAACCUAAAGCUCCAAAAGCAAAAACUGCAAAAUCUCAAGUUGCAAAAGCGUUAAAUGCGAAGAAAGAAGUUGUGAAAGGCCACCACAGGGUUCAUAAAAGAAAGGUGAGGACUUCCGUACAUUUUUACCGUCCCGAUACUUUGAAGCUACCUCGUAAGCCAAAGUACCCGAGAAAAUCUGUUCCGAAACGGCAUAAGCUUGAUGCAUACGCAAUCGUUAAGCAUCCCCUCACAACAGAGUCGGCGAUGAAGAAAAUUGAAGAUACAAAUACGCUAGUUUUUAUUGUGGACGUCCGUGCUAAUAAGCCCCAGAUUAAGAAUGCUGUGAAAAGGCUGUACAACAUCGAUGUUCAGAAGGUAAACACCUUAAUAACACCGAAACAUGCGAAGAAAGCUUAUGUACGCCUAGCACCUGACUACGAUGCUUUGGAUGUGGCAAACAAAAUUGGAAUCAUAUAA